AUGCAAGAGCUGUUUCAGGUGCCAGUAGCAGCGCCUUCAAUCUUCCCGGUCAGAAAAGCCAAAUUUAUCUCCGCCGUCCUCCUCUUCACACCGUUGUUAACAUUCACUCUACUUACCGCACGCCAAAUGAUCUCAAAUUACAUUUAUGACUCAAAAACCGUAUUACUUUUCGAUAAAAUCGAAGCGAACUUUACGAUUCAACAAAUGAUCGAAAAGCACAAGCCUUUAAGGCCAUUUGUGGAUGGUGUUUCACAUAUGAUUGUAGGUUGUACAUGCUUUUAAAUUCCAAUUCGAGAUUUAGUACGUUGAGCGCUAUAAAGUGGGAGGAUGCAUGUUGCCGAAGGUGAUGUCGACCAUCACUACGGCGUUUAUGUGCUACAUGAAGGAUGACGAGGCGUUCAUCAAGGCCAACAGAUCGUUCGGGACUGAGUUUUGGACGAGUCGGUAGGAAAUGACGUUAUUUAUUAGUGGUAUUUUUCAUGCAAUCUUAUCAGAUUGCACGUGAUCUUAGAGUUUACCUUCCAACGUUACCAUCAAAUAAAACUUUUUUUUAGAUUUUGUCAGGACUCAAUUGAAGCGUACAAUAUGACGGAGUGGUAUGAAGAACAUAACCAAAACAAAGAUUGGACGCUUUUUACAAUAGUAAGGGAACCCAUUCAACGAUUUAUUGCCGCAUUUACGGACAAGUGCUUUUAGUACGUGAGAAUUUUUUUAUAGAAUUAUCUGACGCUAUGGUCAUCGCUGAGAACGAAAAAAUGGCCUUAAAACAAAUUUCAGCGAGCCUUCAUCGUCUCGGGUUGAAACGAAUUGCUAUGACUGCCGGAGCAACAUGACCUGCGUUGUUGGCGCCUUGGAGAGGCGGUUUUCGGAUUACUUGAACGAGAGCUUCCCGUUGUCAUACGAAGAUCAGCAUUUUAUUCCGCAGACAUGGUAUGCGUUCAUUUAUUGGUCGUAUUGAUUCGCUAUAUAAGUCUGGACUGGCUCGUAUUGAGCGCUUUCCACAGCGUGUAGGAUACAAUCUGAACACCGCCAAAUAUAAUACCUUCUUGUCAGGCCCCGGAGUAGUCCACUUCGAAAUAACAAAAUAACACUAAUUUAGCAGGACGCGUCAAGGAAAAAUAUUUAAAGCAAAUUGAAAAUGAAAAAUUCUUGGCAUUCCGUUUCAGCUCAACAGUAAUUUUUUGCUCCAAAGAAUUACACAUGAAAAAUGUGGUAGAAUGCUUUUACUGUAUACAUAAAAAGUGUACAUACGCCUGAAGACUUUUGUGUCCUCACCGUAUACAUUGCGUAUAAAAAGGCGAAUGAUGUUUGAAGUCUAAAAAUGCCGAUUCUCUAAGAAUUUUAAGAGGGAUGUAUUUCACGCUAUUUUGGUAUCUUUCCAGGAUACCAUGGACAGUGAUCUAUGGAUAGUGUCCCUGCCGUCAUACGUCCGCUCCAGUCAGCUGACCUUUCUCAUUUCAGGCACUGCGAGAUGGACAAGUAUCUAAACGAAUAUAAGGUCCUCAAAUACGCCUCCAAAUCCUCUCCCAACUUUGAAGACUUCAAGGUGGAGUACGUCAAGACUUUGCGCAAUAAUCAAGCGCCCGAAAGAGUUAUGAAUUUCGUCAUAAUGGCGCUGAACCAUGAGCGAUCUGCCAAUUCAACGGAUGGAAAAAAGAAACGGAAAGAGUUCCUGGCCGAACUCCUGAGGGAUCGCUCGCUUCUUUUGCGGGUUGUUAAAUUGUAUUUUUAUGAUUUCCUAGUCUUUCAGUUCCCUUUUCCUCAGGGAAUUGUUGAAUAA